AUGGCUGCAAAAUCAAUGACAUUACAUGAACUUUGCAAAGCACAACUUAGUGAACUAAAACAAAAGAAAACUGAAUUGGAACAAUUAAAAACUGAACUUACAACUAUACAAACAAAGUAUAAUGAAUGUUUACAUGAUUAUGAACUUAAACUUCAACAAUUUUAUUCACAAACCGAUGCACUCCAACAAGAACAAGAGGAGAAAGAAGUCAAUCUCAUUAAUGCAACGACGGAAUGGCUCGAUAUAAAAGCUAAAUUGGGAUCAACCACUGCAUCGUCUAAUCAAAGAGUGAAACUCAACAUCGGUGGAACAUACUAUGAAACAACGAUUAGUACAUUAACAAAGUAUACUUCGGACAACAAUGCAUAUUUCAAAGUACUCUUUUCUCGACAAUGGCAUUUGGAAAAAGACUCGAAGGAUGAAAGUAUUUUCAUCGACAGAGAUGGCUAUUUGUUUGGUUUCAUUUUACAAUAUUUACGAACAGGAAGAAUCACUAUAGAUACAAAGUGCGACCUACUACAACGAGAUUUGGCUCUUGAAGCAGAUUUUUAUGGGUUAAGUAGUCUAACUAGCUUACUGAAUGUCAGUUCAUCAAAAGUAGGACAACCGCCGCAACCUCAACAGGAAACAAAUUCGAAGAAUCUUUAUUCGGGUACGAGUAUUUUGUCUGUCGAAUAUCAGCAACAAUUGAAUAACUUAUUUGGUUGUGAAAAUCAACAGUGGCAGUUAAUUUAUUCGGCAAGUCGUGAUGGAUAUACAGCGAAAGCAUUUCAUCAGAUUUGCGAUGGCCGUUGGCCUACAAUGACGGUUAUUCGGUCGAAAAAUGGCUUUAUUUUCGGCGGUUUUACUACUGUUGCAUGGAGUUCGACUACGCAAUAUCGAGAUGAUGCAUUGGCUUUUUUGUUCACAUUAAAAAAUCCUCACAGUAUUGAACCAACUAAAUACCUUAUUCGUGAGCAAGCCACUCGAUUUGCUGUAAGUCAUUUAGCCAAAGAUGGACCUAUAUUUGGAUCUAAUCGUAAUGGAGCGGUCGAUUUAUAUUUACAAAGUCCCUUCAACGCUAAUGGUAAUCGCACAUUCUUUCCACAAACGUACCGUGACACAACGGGAAAAAAUCGAACUACUUUCACGGGCGAUCCAUAUUUUUCUUGUGACGAUGUGGAAGUUUUCUGUCUUGUUUGA